CCCACCAGAGCACACUGCCUUUCAUCACUAGUGACAAAUGGAUAACAUGCUGUCACCGUGGCAACGCACGUGUAGGUCCUUAUAAAGAAAUUUGACUGUGUGAUAUUUACAGGAGUGCACAUCCAUUUCAUUUCGGACAUGACAUUUUUUGUAUAAUUGUGAUGAUGAUAAAAUGCAUAUGCAGCUAUAAUCUGUCCAAAUUCCAUUUUUGAACGUACUUUGAGUUAUUUUCACAAUAAGCAUGUGACAACGUUUAGCUUUUUGGAAUUUUCCUGACACCUCCCAGGAAACAUAAACCGCUGCACUUCUCGAAGCCGCCGCAUGAUGUCGCUCUUCGCAUGUUAAUCCCGACCACAAAGACCCAUUCUUGUCCAAUGACAUUUACAAAUGGCCCGUUCACAGACGAAGUGAGCGGGUAAACAAAGCGGGCGGCGGCUUGAUUGAUUUUCACAGGCGCUGCCUUCUUGGGGCCGCGUUUGAUCUUCGCUGCCGUCACGUGCUCGGAACGCCGCUCUCCGUGACGCGCCUGCGGUCGUGGAAACGUCGGCGUUUCCCCGCCGGUGCCACCUGCCAAGCCGCGGACCGGAAGUACCGGGGAAAGUGGACGGUGACCGGCGUGACCCGUGCGAAUUCCGCGCAUAGAGACGACGUUUGCGCGUUCAGAUCCGUCAAAACACGCGGCCAUUUCUGAAUCAUUAAGCCGCCGCGACGCGCUGCGGCGCGAGGCUCGAGCAUCUAAAUGUAAAGUUGAUUUGAGGCAUCUGUUCCUGUGAUUACGGUUUAAUACGCAUUGCCACGAGUUUGCCAGAUGAGUGCACAGCAUAACUCACUAGACUCCUUCUUUCCCACGUAAUCCUGUCUGACAGAUGAGUUCCCCAUUCAGGACCAAUGUUUGCAUUGCUAAUUAACUUUCCCGCCGUAAUAAUGGCGCGUGGUCGGGGCCCGGCUCCGCUGAGCUGAUCUCGGUAAUGUGAACAGCUGCACAUCAGGUAGAUUUGUCAGUCUAAUCAUCUGGCUGCUGCAGCUACAGCUGUAAAUGACAUUAGGCCGGAGCCGGCGCUGAGCCGCUGCUCCGGGAGCGGCAACAGGCCCCGCGUUGGUCACGGCUACGCUGUGGAGACAGGAUUACAGAUAAAUACGCUAGGUGUCGGCCCCGGGAAGGAAGACAAAGAGCAAUCACACUCCUUCAGAAGAUGAAUAUGUGCUUCAGAGCCAUCAUUACGACUGAUAAAAGAGCAUAACCAAAAGGAUUAGGAAGUGCUUGAGCAGGAAAUUGUCUUCCUAUCGGAGACAUUGUAAUUGUUUCAUCUCCGAAUGACCCAUUACUUCCUAAUCAAAUAAAACUCCAAAUGUUAAGUACUGAGGUGCAUCACUCGAGUGCCAGCUCUGCUAAUACUUGGCAUUAAGCAUCCUGAGUUAUACAGCGGGUCGCCCGUGAACUCAAAACCACCCAGAGGACCCUGGAUCGGAGCCACCAGCGUGGCCGUUAGCGUAAGACGUAGGAGUCAUAGCUCCCGGCUCAUUAUAUUCAUCGAUCUCUGAUUUUUUUUACCAUUCAUUCCCUCCACUGAUGCCCUGCUAAAUGCCACCUGCUGCAACUGGAGACCUCGUAGGCGGGAGCAGGGAGGCACCUGUCGCAUCCCCGUUGCCGGGGCGACGCCUCCUCUGUCAGAGAGGAUCCCACACAGGGGACGCCUUUGACUGAUGGCGGGAUUCAAGCGGAGCACAGCGGGGGGUCUGGAGACAGACACAUGGUGUUGGGUUCGCAGCAAGCGGGACUGGGUUCAUGUCUUUGGGCGUGUUUCCUGUCGCUCCACGCGAUAGCUGAUCAGCUUCCCUGGAUUUCGCUGAGCGCCCCUCUUUGUGUUGCCUGAAGAUGGAAACGCUGGAGUCGGAGCUGACCUGCCCAAUCUGCCUGGAGCUCUUCGAGGACCCGCUGCUCUUGCCCUGCGCUCACAGCCUCUGUUUCAACUGUGCCCACCGGAUCCUGAUCUCCCACUGCACGCCCAGCGAGCCCAUUCAGUCCAUCAGCGCCUUCCAGUGCCCCACCUGUCGCUAUGUCAUCACCCUGAACCAGAGGGGUCUGGAGGGACUCAAACGCAACGUGACCCUGCAGAACAUUAUAGACCGCUACCAGAAGGCUUCUCUGAGCGGACCCAACUCUCCGAGCGAGACCCGGCGGGAGCGGGCCGUCCCCGACGGCAAAGCCAUGACUUCCCCCGGCGAGCGGGUGCAGUGCCAGUUCUGCGAGCAGGACCCCCCCCAGGACGCGGUGAAGACCUGCGUGACCUGCGAGGUGUCGUACUGCGACGAGUGCCUGAAGGCCACGCACCCCAACAAGAAGCCCUUCACGGGCCACCGUCUGAUCGAGCCUCUGCUGGACUCCCAUCUGCGAGGCCUGAUGUGUCUGGAGCACGAGGGCGAGAAGGUCAACAUGUACUGCGUGACGGACGAGCAGCUGAUCUGCGCUCUGUGCAAGCUGGUGGGACGACACCGGGACCACCAGGUAGCGGCGCUCAGCGACCGCUACGACAAGCUGAAGAGACCUCCCGACCGCUUACUCUGUUUGGGACGUGAUCGCUCUCAGCAGGAGGCGCACCAGCAAGCCUUGGAUUCCAGCCUCAGCAGCCUCAUCAAGAGGACCAGUGAGUUGGAAAGUCUGAUGAGCAGGCUCAUCCAAACCUGCCAGCACGUGGAGGUGAACGCGUCGCGACAAGAAAACAAGCUGCUGGAGGAGUGUGACCUGCUGAUUAACAUCAUACAGCAGCGGAGACAAAUCAUAGGCACCAAGAUAAAGGAGGGAAAGUCCAUGCGGCUGAGGAAGCUAGCCCAGCAGAUCGCCGGCUGCAAGCAGUGCAUCGAGAGGUCCUCCUCCCUCAUCUCGCAGGCCGACCAGACUCUGAAGGAGACGGACCACGCUCGCUUCCUUCAGACGGCUAAAAGCAUCUGUGAGAGAGUGUCCAUGGCAACAGCAUCGUCUCAGAUUCUGUUACCAGAAAUUAACCUGAAUGACACUUUUGAUAGUUUUGCUUUGGACUUCACGAGGGAGAAGAAAAUGCUAGAAAGCCUGGAUUAUCUGACAGCGCCGAGUCCGCCGGCGAUCCGCGAGGAACUGUCCACAGCCUCAUACGACACCAUCACAGUUCACUGGACGUCCGAGGACGAGUUCUCCGUGGUGUCGUAUGAGCUCCAGUACGCCAUCUUCACCAGCCAGUCCAACGUUGUCAGUUUGUGUAACUCUGCUGACAGCUGGAUGAUCGUACCAAACAUCAAACAAAACCACUACACCGUGCACGGACUCCAGUCGGGCACCAAGUACAUUUUCAUUGUGAAAGCCAUAAACCAGGCCGGAAACCGGAGCAGUGAACCAGGGAAGCUGAAGACCAACAGCCAACCGUUCAAACUGGACCCAAAGUCCGCUCACCGGAAGUUGAGGGUGUCCCACGACAACAUGACAGUGGAGCGGGACGAGACCUCGUCCAAGAAGAGCCACAGUCAGGACCGCUUCUCCGGCCACAGCAGCUACGGGGUCACGGGGAACGUCUACAUCGACAGCGGCCGCCACUACUGGGAGGCUCUGAUAGGAGGAAGCACGUGGUUCGCAGUGGGCAUCGCGUACAAGUCGGCGCCAAAGCACGAGUGGGUGGGCAAGAACUCGGCCUCCUGGGUCCUGGCCCGCUGCAACAACUCGUGGGUGGCGCGUCACAACAGCAGGGAGGCGCCCAUCGAGCCCCUGCCCCACCUGCGGCGCCUCGGCGUGCUGCUGGACUACGACUCCGGGUCGCUGUCGUUCCACGACGCCGUGGCCUCCCAGCACCUGCACACGUUCGACAUAGACUUCGCUCAGCCAGCGUGCCCCGUGUUCAACGUGUGGAACCGGAGUCUGACGGUGCUCACGGGGCUGCCCAUCCCGGACCACUUGGAGGGGACGGACUACAACUAGUGAGCGAAGCCUCCGUCCUCCAAACUGCCUGCACCUUGUUCAUUGGGACGACCACAAACUUAAUGUUGGCGUGAACAAACAAACCUUCCUGGUCGAGCCUUUUUUGAACGUAUUAGGAAUCAUUUAAGAAAUCAUUCACAAGAAUUUGUAAAUGUAUUUCUUUGCUUUGCACAUUAAUGUAUAUUCGUCUGCUCGGUGGUUUAAGGGUUUGCUUACACUUUAAAGUUUAUAAGUAUUUUUUAAUUCAACUUUUUAUUACACACUUUUAUUUUGGUGAUGGUAAAUUGACAACAAGUCAAUUGUAAUGUUUUUUACAAGGUUGUUUACACUAAAUGUAAUGUUUUGGAAAAUUUUUUAAAAUCGUCACUUCAAGAAAAGUUGUCACUUUGCAUUUUGAAGCCUCUUCUACUAUAACAAACAAGUUUCCUUCUCAUUGUAUAGUAAAAAAAAAUAAAAGCACCUAAAUAGAUCAGAUUAUUAAUUAACAUCGAUUUCACUUUUAAUUUGAUACCAGGCAAUACAACAAUUUUUCAAGUAUUUAUUAUCUGUAAAGUUCAGAUUAUGAUACAUUUCCUUUUCUUUUUUUAGCAGUUUCGAAUGAGCCAGCAACCAGAUACAAUAAACUUGAUUCAGUUUGA